CUAUAUAAGGGGACGCGGGGGUUGGCCGCCCCUUUCCGCGCCCCGGAGCCGCCAUGGACACGAGCCGCGUGCAGCCCAUCAAGCUGGCCAGGGUCACCAAGGUGCUGGGCCGGACCGGCUCUCAGGGGCAGUGCACUCAGGUGCGUGUGGAGUUCAUGGACGACACGAGCCGCUCCAUCAUCCGCAACGUGAAGGGGCCGGUGCGCGAGGGCGACGUUCUCACCCUGCUGGAGUCGGAGCGCGAGGCCCGGCGGCUGCGCUGAGCUGGAGCCGUCCCCGCUGCCCAUCGCCCGUCGGGGAUGGAGCCUGGCGCCGCUCGUCCCGCCGUGGGCGCGUGGGGAGCAGCGUGGCGGCCGGGUCACUGCAAUAAAGGGUUUUUCCAAUA